AUGGCACCCAAGAAGAUCAUCAUCGACACUGACCCUGGAAUUGAUGAUAUUCUGGGUCUUUUACUCGCGCUGUCUGCUACGCCUGAGGAGGUCGAGGUGCUCUUAAUCUCGUUGACGUUUGGGAACAUUGAGGUGAAGAGCUGUCUCCGCAAUGUGGUCUCUAUGUUCCAUAUCCUGGAGCGCGAGAUGCAGUGGCGUCGCGAACAGGGUCGGCCUGAGGGCUUCGGAGCUCUCCGAGCCCAUCCUCCGAUCGUGGCGGUAGGUGCCGAGGAUCCUUUGGAGGAUCAGAAAAUGUUGGCGGAUUACUUUCACGGAACGGAUGGUUUGGGAGGUAUUCAUGCCAGCCACCCGCAUCUCACUCCCAAGGAAACGUGGGAGCAUAUGUUUGAUCCUUCAACGGACUCGGAUAUAAAGCCCGUUCCUGAGGGCGAUAACUCGCACAAGUCGUUCGUUCCAUCGAAGCGCCCAGCGCACGAGGAGAUCCUUCGCGUCUUGCGCGAGAAUGAUCCCGACACGGUGACGCUGGUGGCUGUGGGCCCUUUGACGAACUUGGCGUUGGCCUCUGCCGCUGACCCCGAGGCUUUUCUGCGUGUUAAGGAGGUCGUGGUGAUGGGAGGCGCCAUCAAUGAGCCUGGAAAUGUCACUCCUGGUGCCGAGUUCAACGCAUAUGCCGAUGCGUUCGCCGCGGCCCGAGUCUACGCCCUUACGUCUCCGACUCCCCGGACCGCGAUGCCCAUCUCCAGCACCAGUCUGGCCAGCUACCCUGCUACUCUAAGCAGACAGCUCACCGUGAAGAUGUUCCCCCUGGACAUCACCCACCGUCACGGAAUCAAGCGUGGACAGUUCCGCCAGACCGUCACCCCUCUCUUGGAAAAGGGCUCUCCAUUGGCCGAGUGGUCUGCCGCCUUCAUGGCCCAUACCUUUAGCACCGUUGAACGGCUGCAUCAGGGACAGGUGGGAGACGAUGUCGAGCUUAGUCUACACGACCCCGUGUGCGUGUGGUACGCUCUUACAGCGGACCACGACGGCUGGAAGCCUUCUGUCACGUCGCCGGAGGACAUCCGAGUUGAGACCACCGGACAGUGGACGCGAGGCCUCUGUGUUGUCGACCGACGGGACCGUCACCGCAUGGAAGGAGAGGAAGAAAGCCCCAGUGACCAUGGACUCUGGCUAAGCUCGAAACAUGGAAACCGCAUCUGGCGGAUGGAUCAAUCGCCAGUGGAGCACAACUUUGGAGAGGUUCUUCUGACGAAGCUGUUUACUUAG